UUUCAUUCUCAGUAGAACGUGGUAAGAUGAUAAAAAACAGCUGAUUUCAUGUUUUUUUCAUCAAAACAAAAAUAAUAGUCAUAGUUAUAUAUUUAUUUUUAUAUUUUAUCUUGUAAUUUUUCUAUCGUUUGAAUCCAUUCGAACGUAAAAAGAAAAAAUCCAUUUUUUUACAAAAAUGAAUUAUUUAUAAAUGAAAAAAAUUUAUAAAUUUAACAAGUGCCAAAGAAUUACCAUUUUUAUUCAGAAAAAUGGAAUACACCCGAAGUUGUUGGAUACAAAAUUGCCGAGGGGGAAGACGGGGUGUAUGUACCGCAGUUAUUAUCCUUGGAAUACUUAUAAGCUCAGCAUUGUUAGCUUACACAGCAUUCGGACCAAAGAGUGACAAUCGUUCGAUACGUCAAAUAGCUAUUAUAUUUAGGCAUGGAGAUAGAACACCAACAGAAACUUAUCCAAAUGAUCCAUAUCUUGAUUACAGUUGGGAAGACGGCUGGGGAGCUUUAACCAAAGUAGGAAUGCUCCAACUUUAUCAGUUGGGUGAAUGGAUAAGACUAGAGUACGAUUCAGUUAUUGGAAAGAAAUACGAAACAUCAUCUGCUAAAAUAAUGAGUAGUUAUGCUGACCGAUGUAUUAUGUCUGCACAAGCUUUAUUGGCAGCUUUAUAUCGGCCCGAACCUGGUGAUAAUUUUAUGAAUGAUUUGCCAUGGCGACCUGUUCCCGUACAUUCCAUUCCUCGUGAUACUGAUAAGUUAAUAACUGUUAAACAUCGGUGUCCAACAUUAGAUUUUGAAUUGAAGGAAGCAUAUGUUAAUGAAUCUAUUAAAAAUGGUGAACAAAUGGCUUCAUAUUUUAAUGAACUGGCUUACCAUACUGGAAAGAAAAUAUCAACUAUUACUGAUGUUGAAUUUUUGUACAACACAUUAGAAAUAGAAGCUAAUCAUGGAUUAGAAUUGCCCGAAUGGACUAAAAAAUUUUAUAACAAGGAAAUGAGAGAAAUAGCGUCGCGUUCGUUAUCUCUAUUUACAAGUAAUACAUUUCAACAACGUCUUCGCGGUGGUCCACUAUUGAAAGAAAUAACAAAUAACAUGAUGCUGUCGCGUAAUGGCCACGAUAAAAUAAAGUUAUACUUAUAUUCGGCUCAUGAUAUAACGUUAGUUAAUGUUUUACGUGCCAUGGGGUUUACAAAUGAAUUAUUUAAACCAGAUUAUGGAGCUGCAUUAAUUUUUGAACUUGUUUUGGCUGAAGAUUUUGAAGAAAACGAUCUUGAAGUUCACGUCAAAGUUAAAUAUUUAAAUAAUACAGAAAUGUAUGAAGCAACACCAUUAAAAAUACCACAGUGUAAAGAACCAUGUAAAUUACUCGAUUUAUUACGUGUUUGGAAAGAUGUUUUGCCAUCAGACUGGGAUUCUGAGUGCCUCAAUUAAUUUUUAAUACCCCAUUAUCCCAUUAUAAUUGUAAUUAUGGAAAGUUCUUAAUGUUUGUAAACAUUCCCGUGAUAAUAAAAAAUAAUUAUUGUACUUAAUAUAUACAAAGUUACUAAAUGAAAUACAAUAAAUAUAUAUUUUUUUAUUAUAUAUGA